UUACAAAAAAUCCAAACUUGGGAAAUCCUCAAUGUCAUGACCACAGAGUAAAAGCGCAAGCUGCAUUAAUAGCCUUUGAGCUCGGCGUACUUAAUCUUCUGACAGAAGGUGCUGGAUGUGUGCCUAAUCUUCUGACAAAAGGAGUUCUGAAAGGUGCUCAGGCUGAAGCCGCUGCAAUUUAUUGUAGAAAAGUUUUGGGCGAACAUUUCAAAGUUCCUUUUGGAAAAUCAUUUUUAAUUGUAGAUUGUGGAGGUGGAACAGUAGACCUGACAGUUCGUCAAUUAUUAGAUGAUCAUAGUUUAGAAGAAAAAACAGAACGUUCAGGAGAUUUUUGUGGUGGAGUCUUUGUUGAUCAAGAAUUUGCUAAAUUCCUUGGUCAAAAAGUAGGACACCAUGCCUUGAAAUCUUUUAAAGAAAACCAUUAUGGUCGAUAUCAAUAUAUGAUUCAUGAAUUUUUUCAUAAAGAAAAACAUCGAUUUAAUGGCAACGAAAAUGAAUUUGACGUGAUCGACUUUGACCUACAAGAUUAUGCACCAUUGUUAAUCGACUAUAUCACUGAUGAUUUGUUGAAAAAUAGAUUGGAAGUGGAUGAAUGGCAAGUCACAUUGGAAUUUCAUCAUAUGAAAUCAUUUUUUGAUCCUGUUAUAAAUAGAAUUAUUGGAUUGAUAGAUAAACAAUUAGAACAUGUAGAAGAAUGUUCUGCGAUGUUCUUGGUUGGUGGAUUCAGUGAAUCGAGAUAUUUACAAAAUGUAAUCAAAAAAGAAUUUCACGAUCGAGUCAAGAAUAUUUCCGUGCCUCGUCAUCCUAUGAUAGCUGUUGUUAAAGGCGCAGUGGAAUAUGGUUUGAAUAUGAAGUGUGUUAAAAAUAGAGUUUUGAAAAAAACUUAUGGUGUCAAAAUGUUCAAGGGUGAUUUGUUGACUGUAUUUUUAUCCGAGGUCAUACUUGAUACGAAAGUUCCGAAUUUUCAUCCUCUUGUAACUCGUGGUACUAAAGUUGAUGUCGACGAAGAAUUUUCUGUUAUUGGUUCACCAUUACAUCCUAGUUCGAAAACCGUGUCUAUCCAAAUUUUUGAAACAUUAAGUCGUAAUCCUAAAUUUUAUGAUGAACCUGGAAUGAGAGAAUUAGGAAAAAUUAAAGUUGAUUUACCUGAAAAUCCAAAUACAAACAAUUCAAAUGGAGCAUCUUCAUCAAGUAGUGACAACAACCAAGAUAAUUUAGAUGAUGAUGAUGUGGAUGAUAAACGUUGCGUUGAAAUAAUUUUACGUUUUGGUGAGACAGAAAUAAAGGCUAUAGCUAAAGUUAAAGGAACUGGCGAAAUUCAUAAACAUAAAGUGAUUUUAUUACCUAUACCAGCUGUUCCCACCGCACUAGGAAUUGAUAGCGUUCUUGUGCAAUGA